AUGUGUGGAAUAUUUGUAUUCCUCAGUGUAUGUCUGAUUUCCUUCACACCACCUUGUGAUGGAGGAAAGAUUCUGGUGUUCCCUGUGGACGGCAGCCACUGGAUAAAUAUGAAGAUCCUGCUGGAAGAACUUCAUGCCAAAGGACACAGCAUCACUGUGAUAAGGUCCUCCACCAGCUGGUACAUCUCAGAAAAGUCUCCCCUCUACAAAUCCAUUACCAUAGAAAUGGAUACAGGUUUCGAGCGCUUCUUUGAGGUGUACCUACAGGAGCAUAUGAGGGCGCAGAGAGAGGGGGCUUCAGCACUUACUUUCUUCAAACUCACCAAGGAUUUCAUGUCUAUGAUUUCUGAGGCUCAUUCAUUGUGGGCUGAUGCCCUCACUCGAUUCUUUGAUGAUGAAAAUAUGGUCAAAAGCUUACAGGAUUCCCAAUUUGAUCUUGUUCUCACUGACCCAGCUAUAGCACCAGGGCUCGUACUAGCCAAGUAUCUUAAUCUGCCCGUGGUGCUUAAUGUUCGCUGGAUCACCAGCGGUGAAGGCCAGUUUGCGAUAGCCCCUUCACCAGUCUCUUAUAUCCCAGCGCCAGGAUCGGGCUUAACGGACAAAAUGAAUUUCAUCCAAAGGGUCAAGAACAUUCUUUUCUACGGCGUUGUAGUAUUCCAGCAGAAAUUCAUGGUGGGGCCGAGCUAUGAUGCCAUCUGUGAUAAAUACAUCCAGGGUGGAUGUGACAUCAUCUCGCUUCUUCAGGAAGCAGAUAUUUGGCUGUUCCGGUCAGAUUUUGUUUUUGAAUUCCCUCGGCCCACAAUGCCAAAUGUUAUCUACAUAGGAGGGUUCCAGUGCAAACCAGCCCAACCUCUGCCAGCAGACCUGGAGGAGUUUGUUCAGAGUGCAGGGGAGCACGGAGUUAUCAUCAUGACUCUGGGAACUUUGGUCAACGCUUUGCCCAAAGAGGUUGCAGAUGAAAUCGCCGGUGUCUUUGCCAAGAUGCCUCACAAGGUGAUUUGGAGGCACAAGGGGGAGCGUCCCUCUACUGUGGGAAACAACACCCUGAUAAUGGACUGGAUGCCACAGAAGGACCUCCUGGGCCACCCGCAGACCAAAGUCUUUGUAGCUCAUGGAGGAACCAACGGAGUCCAGGAGGCCAUUUACCACGGGGUCCCUGUGCUCGGUAUACCCUUGUUCUUUGACCAGUAUGACAACCUUUUACGUCUGCAGGAGAGAGGUGCCGGAAAGAUCAUUCAGCUAGCUGAUGUUAAUGGCCAAAGUUUUGAGCAAGGUAUUCACGAAGUGCUCUAUCACAACAGCUACAGACAGAACAUGCAAAGACUCUCACGUUUGCACAGAGAUCAGCCGAUGCCACCUAUGGAUCAGGCCAUCUUCUGGGUGGAAUAUGUGAUGCGCCAUAAAGGGGCUCCUCAUCUGCGUACAGAGGCCUAUAAGAUGCCUUGGUAUGCAUACUACUGUUUAGAUGUACUGCUACUAUUGCUGACUGCAGCAACUGUACUGUUUCUUUCUACUUUGGCCAUUUUCAGGUUUCUAUGCUGCAGAGCUAUAACAAUGAACAAAACCAAACAACACUGA